CCUUGUGGACUUUGAAACAAUGUCGGUUAUAUACAUAAUUCUAAUACUUUGUUUUAUUGAUAAAGGGACUAGUUUAAAAGAUCUACACGUUUGUUACGACAUAAAAAGGAACCUAGAGUAUUGUUGUUCGGACUAUGAAAACAUAAAUGGUACAUGUAUAGAGUGCAAAAUUGGUUUUGUAUCAAUAAGUGGAAAGCCAUGUUCUCAUUGUCAGAAACACAGAUUUGGAGAAAGAUGUUUGAAACGUUGCUACUGUAAUGAUAUUGAAGAAAGAUGUGAUCACGUAAAAGGAUGUGUUCCAAAGUAUGAACAUACCGAUGAACUUACUUAG